UGUAAAAACACAGUCACAUGAUGUUGAAAGUUUACAUGAUUAUUUGAGGGGAGUUUUUUCUGUUUUAUAGCGAAUGUCAUUUCAUGAUAAUGCCUGGAGUAGACGAUGAUGCAGUUCGGAACACGGGUGGCCAAGUUGAUGACUUGGCCAUGGCCAUGAUUGAUGCUGCUUAUGACAGGGAAUCAGACUGCCGGGACCAGAUCUGUGAUGCUUUGUUUGACCUGGGAAAGAAGAGGCCAGCACUUGUCUUAAGCUCUUCAUAUUCUUACUUAAAGAAACACAACAAACUUCAAACUGGCCACAGAGUUGUGUUGUUACAAUGUAUGGAAAGGAUAAUAAAGGAGACACUGAGCGAGCUGGAUCCACCAUUAGCUGUAGAUGUCAUUAAACAAGCUGCUAUGGAACUGACUGUUUCAAAGGAAGUAAUGCCAGAAUGGCAGACAGCUGCAAGUGGUGUCCUCGUUUCCUUGGGAGCCAGAUUUUGUGAUGAAGUUAUGGAUGAAAUGUUACAAAGAUUUCAGCCCGGAAUUUUACCUCAUUUCUUUGUGAUUCAAACCAUAGGAAACUUAGCCACAUCUAAUGUGUAUGGAAUGGUUCCACAUUUGACUGCUGUGUUAGGAACAAUGUUACCCAUGUUAGGGAUGGCCAAACAUGAAAAUAUGAGAUGGGUAUUUUCAUCAGCAAUAUCAAAGUUUAGUGAGGCAAUCAUAGACUACUGUGCUAAUACUGACAAGGCCCCAGAUCCCUCAGUAUCAAAAGAAAGAUUUGAACAGGAAAUAGGAUCAGCAUUUGAUGUUUUGUUCAAUUCCUGGCUACAUAUAACUAAAGAAAUGAAGUUGAGAGUAGCUAUUGUUGAAGCUAUUGGUAAUAUGUGUCAUUUAAUGGCCAGAGAUAAGCUGGAGGAACAAUUACCAAAAAUUCUUCAGGUUAUUUUAGGAUUGUACAAAAAGCAUCCAGAACCAAUUCAUGUUACCCAGGGAUUAUGUAGCGUAUUAGAUGCAGUUUGUAUAGAAGGAAAUACAGUGUUAGAACCAAACCUUGAUACAGUUUUAGGAUUUCUUUUUCCACAAAUAAUUAAUCCACCAGACUACAAAAAUCCUCAAAGCAUAAAAAAUCAUAAUGAAGUUCUCAGAUGUUUGGCCAUUAUAGCUAGGUCAUUUUCUGGUAAAUUGACUGGAAUUUUAUUAUCAAAGCUGGAGAGUGGAAAUGAGAAGAUGAAAAUUGGAAUGCUGACUGUGUUCAAACAUCUUAUAAAUGCUGCAACUGAAUCAAUGAACGACAAACAGGAAGUUGUUGUGUCUGGUCUGAAAAUGAUGCUCAGUGAACAGAAUAACAAGUUGAAGAAAGUAUUUGCCCAGGUUGUAAUUGCCAUGGCACAUCAUGGUUAUCUAGAACUAGAAGGAGGACAACAAAUGAUAGAGUUCAUCAUAAAACAGUCUGCACUCAAAAAUGACCCUCCGGGUAAAAGGUCACCAGAUCCUGAGUAUGUGUCCAACCAAGCUUUGCGUACUAUGUGUGAUCAUGUUCUACAGUUAUUGACAACCACAGUGGAGGACAUGGAGCAUGUUUUAUGGCCAUAUUUGUUAGAACUCAUUGUCCCUGAACAAUAUACAGAGGCUCAAGGCGUAGUCUGCAAAUGUUUGUCUCAUUUGGCUACUAAAAAAAGGAAAGAACAAACAGAAGAUUAUGAGAUAGAUUUUGAAACUCAAGCCAAUAUUCCCAAACCAGAAGCUUUGAUAGCUAGACUGAUGGUUCUAGCCGGACGACCACAGAAUGGUCGAAACAGAGGGAUACAUGUACUCACAUUAAUGCAGGGACUGGUUCCUAAUUUAAAUGAAAAUCUUGUAGAGCUAUGGGACACAGUUAUACCUAAACUUAUCCAGUAUUUGGAAGAUGCCAGUAAAGAAGAUAGUUGGAAUCAGAAGAAUUGGGAGGAUUUGUCUCUUAAGUUAUUAAGUAAAAGUUUAGAUGUAGUAGACAACGAAGAAUGGAUAGCAGAACUUGGAGAAGUGUUUGGACAACAGAUUCCUAUGUAUAAUAAUUAUCCUGAAGAAAAGAACUUCAUGUAUAAAUGUCUUGGUGUGAUUACAAGAAAAUCAACAAAGAAAGAUUUUGUAGGAAAACAUUUAGAUUUAAUAUUUGGUUCAGUGAAACAUACAGAUCAGACAGAGAGGGAGGGAUGUGCUAUAGCCAUGGGUUUCUGUGCGGCUUCACAUUUAGAUGCUGUACUAUCCAAAUUAGAAUCUGUUGCCAAAACAGAACUUCAGCAAAAAUCCUCAGGAUUGUUUAGUUUUAUGAAGAUAGGGUUUGCUGCAAACAAGGGUGAGAAGUCGGAAGUAGAUAUCGAAAGGACAAAAGCAACCCUGAUGUUGUGUUAUGGGUUUGUAGCAUUGUUUUCUCCAGUAUCUCUCAUUGUGUCCAGAAUGGAAGCUACAAUCCUUAGAAGUAUCCAGCCUUACUUUGCUAAUGUUAAGGAGGCCCACAAUCUAGAUCUUAGAAGAUGUUUAAUCAGGACAAUCGAAUUAAUUGGAAAAGCUUUUGAUCCUAAGAUAAUGAAGAAAUCUCAUUCUUUCAUACCAAAGCAAAAAUUCAUAUCUUCAGUUAAGAGUUAUAUGCAGAUGGAGAGUACAACAUCAUUAACCAAUGAAACGAGAGCUUUAGCAAUGAAUGCUUGUUCAACAUUAGUUAAACUGGAUCCCCGUUUAUCCGAGGCAGAAGAACUUGAUCUUGUGAAAACCAGUAUAGACUGUAUAUAUCCACUGCCACCUGGUGGUCUUCCAGUAUCAAAGAAGGCAAAAGAAGAAUCUUAUGACAAGACAUUGGAAGCUGAAGUGCUGAUGUCAGCAACGUUUGAUGCUUUACAUGACUUACUUAAAGAAAUACUCCUCAAAGAUCUCACUCCUAAUGGACUAAAUACUAUAUUCAAGCAACUGAGUAAAUGGUUUCUUUCUCUUGAAGAGUAUGAGCGAGAAAGGAGUUUAACAACACUUCUAAUUGUUGAAACCUUUUUGUUAGAAAAUAUGGAACCAAGUUCAAAUAAUAUAACAGAUUUUCCUACUGAAUGUGUCAUCCUUGCCAAGUUAGUGCCUAGAUGUACAGAUCCUAAUAUAAAAGUUAGACAGAUGGCUAUGGACUGUGUUCAGUGUACACUUAGAAUUGCUUCAAAAAUAGCAGGCAAUUCAAUGGACCAGCCAGAUCAGAUGAUUGAUGCUCUGUGUACACUUAAAGAAAGGCUAGAGAAAGAUGAUCCAAAUGUUUUAUUCAGUGUUAUAAAUGACCUUGCCAAGGUAAUUGCUAAAAAGUUACCAAGUGGUCAACUGAUAGAAUUUUUAGAUGUGUUGCAAGAAGGGUUAUUGGAUCCACAGUCACACAGUUCAUCUGGGGCAUGUGUUGUAUUAAAUGGCAUUCUUAAAGCCAGAGGCAGUGAAGUAUCAAAACAGGUCUCCAGUAUAAUUGGUUAUCUUCAUGAUAAGUUAGGUCAGAUUGAGUUUGAUCAGACCAGAACUGGUACAUUAAGAUCUGUUAGAACAUUGUCGUCACAUCAUCUCACUAAUGUAUUAAAGGCUUUACUGAGUUAUCCAUUGCCUUAUGAUAGCAAUAUAGUAGCAAUAUGGCAGAUUCUAUCUCAGGAUCCCAUGUUAACAUCUGGUUUCACUGAUCAGAUGUUGGACAUGCUUCAGAGACAAUUACCAUAUGAAGAAAAACAAGAUGGAGACAGAACUACAAAAAUUGCUACACAACAACCAUUAGCUGUUACUUGUGCUUUAAAAAUUAUAUUUGAUGUUGAAGAAUCUGAAGAGGUGAUUAAGAAGAAUUAUCACAGAUUUUUUUCUUCUCUUCUUAUAAGAAUUGGUUCCUCUAUCAACUGUAAGCCUCCAAAACCUGUUGUGGAGGAAAAAGAAACUAAACCCAAAGAAAAAAAGAAAUCUGUUCCACCUCCAUCAUCUAAAGUUCCAAUUCCUAGUCUGGCAGCUGUAGAGGCAUUUCGGUCAUUUCUACAGAGGUCAAAGUCUGACGACAUUAUAGAGGGACUGGACAAAGAAGAUUGUUGGGAAAUGUUUGAAGAUGAAGAAAGGUAUCCUGAAAGUGUCACCAUAUUGUGCAGAUAUUUAGUAGAAAGUGCAGUAGGAGGACCAUACAUAUCAAAGAUAGUUACAUCUAUUGCUUCAAGCUUGUCAAGUUUGUAUGACCCUCAGAGAGUUACAGUUGCUGCUUUCUUUUCAGAGUUGAUAAAUCUGAAAUGUGCUGGUAAUGACGAUAUGAUAGAAAUGGUGAUGAACAGUUUACUGGGAAGACUUGUAGAUUCCUCACAUAUGGUUAGGAUGUUGUGUAUCCGUGGACUGGGAAAUGUUGCCAGUAAUGAGAAACAACAGGUACAGCAAUACUCCACGACAGUACUAUCAGCUAUGAUGGCAGGUAUGGAUGAUAAAGAAGACCCUGAGGAUCUCAUCACUACUGAGGCCAUGUCUGGACUGUCAAAGAUUCUGUCAGAGAUAGAUGAGAGUCAUAUCAGAGCAAUACUCAUAAAUGUCUCACUCAGAAUUAGACCUUGCUUUGAAAAGGAUAGACCUGCAGUUCGAGCUCAGGCCUUUAUUUUGUUUGGUAAUUUAUCAAGGUUUGGAGAUGGUCCAUCCAAAGCUCCAUUUUUAGAACAAAUACACAGUAACUUUGUUAGUUUAUUACUGCAUCUAAAUGAUCCAGAUAAGGAAGUAAAAAAGGCUUGCAAGUUUUCUUUGCGUCUCUUAGGACCAUUGCUAGAGUCAGAGGCUAUUAAUAAUAAGUUCCAGAAAUAUUUACUAGAAGAUGCUAAUCUUAUAUAUGGGGAGUUUAUGAAUGAUUUAGCAAAAUGUAUCAUACAAGACUUCCCAGACAAAGUGAAUUUCUAUGUAAUGGGAUGUAUAUCGUUCUAUAAAAGUAUGUGGCCAGAAAUUAAGUGUAAUGCAGCAUUAUUUACAGGGUAUUUACUUGGGAAUUUACAACAUGAUAAACAGGUGGCAAUAUCAAAAGAACACGUCUGUGCAGCCCUGAUUAUUUUGUUGAAAGACCAAUCAGCAAGUGUUAGAGCUGCAGCAGCUGAGGCCAUGAGCUUACUUUAUGAAUACUAAGAUGCUUACUUUAUAAAUAUGUGAUGUGCAAUACAUUUGCCUAAAACUUUUGUAGAAGAAUGGCAUUGUAAGAUAAUACUCGUCUUCCUAUGAGGUGUAUAUAUUGGUGAUAAUGUCUAUUCCCUUUGACUGUGGAUUCAUUAUUAUUCGUGGUAUACCAAUUCUUGUUGGUAAAGGUAUACCACAAAUUUAAGUGUUUAAUGAAGUACUAAUUUUCUAUAUGCUUGUAUGCUGACUUAGGCAAAACCAUGAAAUCAAAUAUCCAUGAAAUUACAAUUUUCAUCAAUUCACGAAAAUCGGUAUCCACCAAAAUAAGUGAAUCCACAGUAUAUGUAUCCAUUGGUGAAAAUAUCAAGUCCUAUUUAUAUGUUUAUCCAUUGGUGUUAAUAUCAAUUCCUUUGAUGUUUAUCUAUUGGUGAUAAUAUGAUGUAUAACUAUUGGUGACAAUGUCAAUCCUUAUGAGGUAUACCAUCUGUUGGUAAUAAAGUCAGUUGUUAUUACGUGUAUCUGUUGGGGAUUCAGUUGUGCUUGUAUGAAAACUGUUAUGAGUGAUGUUCAUUGCUAAAUAUGUAAUGAUUUGAAUUAGUCAUGGCUUUUUGCUGCUUUAUAGUAUUAUUUUUUUUUCCUUGUGUUAAAUCUUUUCAUAAUCAUUCCAUUAUAUAAAGACAUUUACAACUAUGCAAGCUCAGAAGAUAUUAACUGUCCAAAUUUUCUUUAAGGAUUACUUAAAAUCAAUUUGGUCAGUUGGUUUGGAUGUUUGUCAUCCUGAACAAUCUAAUGCUCUGAGCCACAUAGUUCUCUAUUCAAACCUUUUGAACAUUUAAAUCAAAUCAACAUCUGGUGUCAUCAGCUGGAAACACCUUGCUGGUUAGAAAUACCUAUAAAUUCACAAUCAAAGGUUUGAAAAAAAGACUAGUAAUGUAAGUUCUAAAAUACUUCUUUAUUUAAUUUUGUAGUGUAUCAAUGUAUAAUUUAAGAAUAGAAAAAUAAGAUUUCCAUCCCGUCAUUUAUUAAAUAAUGUAAAACAGCACGGAAAAUUUUAUAAUAAGUAUCAUGCCAAUUGGUGAAUAUGACAAUACUAUCGAAAUCUCUUACACUUCUAAGUUGUUAAAAGUUAAUUGGAUCAAUAUAGUUAUUGUAUACAUAACUGAUGAGGCAUUAAUCAGACCUGAUAACGACAUAAAUCUCCAUAAUACUCAAUUUCACACUAAAUCUUAUAAAACAAAGAAAUAAACUGCUACAAUUGAUUUAUUAUUUAUUCAUGUAAAUGAAUUUAUUCUUUAUGAAUUCUACCAAAAUCUUAAUUCUUAAUUAAAAGAAUACUUAAAAGAUAGCAGAAAAUCAAAGAACUGUUUUCAUUGGAUGUUUUUACAAAUAACUCAAUAAAUAAAAAAUAACAUAUACCUACCAAAGUGUAUUGUCUGAUUAUCCUGUGAUUGCACUAGACUUGUUCUAACCUAAAAACUGUUUUUCAUCACAGGAAAAUUUGAAGAAAAGAUACAUAUAAAUAAUAUAUCAAAACUCCAGGUGAUUGUUUUAAUUAUUCCAUAAAUUUUAGACCCGACCACCAAUAAAAUUUUAUUUUUUUUAAGACCCUGACCACCCAUAAAAUUUUCAUUCUUCUCAUAAUUCUUACAAAAUUUUAAGGAAAAUGCAACCACACAUAUUUAAUUUGAAUGUCUCCAAUCCCCCCUCUGGAUAAAUUUUUUGAACAGCCCUUAUAAAAAAUGUUUAGUUAUACUUUUAUUUUAUGUGUUAACUGUGUAUGUAGGGUUAGGCCUCUUUAAGUAAUUAGUUUUUCCUCUACAUGUAAACCUGAUGGUUAUGAUAUAUUAAAAUAAUGUGAAGAAAAGGCAUUAAACACCCAAAUCUAUUAUUAAACAGUAAUCAAAUUCUACAUUUUUAAUAGAAAUACAUUAAAAGCAGAUCAACCCUCAUUUGUCUGGUUGUUUUAAAAUAAAUACAUGCAUUCAAAGAAGAACAAUUAAAAGCUUAAAGAGAUUGAAACCUACCUUUUGUGCUGCAUUGUUUCAGUUUUGAGUAUAUAUUUAUUUAAUGUGAAGAUUUGGUGCAUUUCCCGUUAGAUGACUGGAUCAUGCUUAUAUACACUAGUUUUAUUUAUGUCUAUCAUAUUUUAUAUGUAACAAUCAAAUUGUUUUGUUAAUUUAUUAUUUUUUAGAAAAUGAAUAAAUGAUAUAAUAGUUCAA